GGCAGACAGAAGUUCACGUACAACGGUGUAUUUGCAUCAUUGCUUGAGGAUUCGUACUACGCCUUCUGAUUACCGGACUCGUCGCCCACCAUGUCGGCAGCACAGCUUCUCAACCCGAAAGCGGAAUCUAGAAGGCGUGGGGAAGCUCUCCGGGUGAACAUAUCAGCUGGCGAGGGUCUCCAACAGGUAUUGGCAUCGAACCUUGGACCCCGUGGCACGUUGAAGAUGCUUGUUGAUGGCGCCGGCUCUAUUAAACUGACCAAGGAUGGAAGCGUCCUGCUGAAAGAAAUGCAAAUCCAGAAUCCUACUGCCGUCAUGAUUGCGCGAGCGGCAACAGCACAGGAUGACAUAACUGGAGACGGGACAACGUCUGUUGUUCUUCUGGUCGGAGAAUUGUUGAAACAAGCGGAUAGAUAUAUCUCAGAGGGCCUCCACCCGAGGGUGAUAACGGACGGGUAUGAGAUUGCGAAGACGGAAGCGCUGAAAUUCUUGGAUGAGUUCAAGCUCAAGCGGGACGUCGAUCGAGAACUCUUGCUUUCCGUUGCGCGAACGUCGUUAUCGACUAAGCUGGACAGCACCUUGGCUGAGCACUUGACUCCGGACAUUGUCGAUGCAGUGCUCGCAAUCUAUCAGCCCCCUGCGAAACCCGACCUCCACAUGGUGGAGAUCAUGACUAUGCAGCACCGGACGGCCGCAGAUACACAGCUCAUCCGGGGAUUGGCCCUUGAUCAUGGAGCGAGACACCCCGAUAUGCCGAAGCGUGUAGAGAAUGCGUACAUCCUCACCCUGAAUGUCAGCUUGGAGUAUGAGAAGUCAGAGAUCAAUUCUGGCUUCUACUACUCGAGCGCGGAGCAGAGGGAGAAACUCGUUGAAAGCGAGCGGCGAUUCGUAGACGAGAAGCUCAGAAAGAUCGUGGAGUUGAAAAAGGAAGUCUGCGGAAACGAUCCCAAGAAGGGUUUCGUCAUCAUUAACCAGAAGGGCAUCGACCCAUUAAGCUUGGACGUUCUCGUCAAGAACGGAAUUUUCGCAUUGAGGAGGGCAAAGAGGAGGAAUAUGGAGCGGUUACAGCUGAUUUGUGGAGGUACGGCGCAAAACAGUGUCGACGACCUAACCCCCGAUGUGCUGGGCUGGGCUGGCCUAGUGUACGAGCACCAGCUUGGAGAGGAGAAGUACACUUUCAUUGAGGAUGUUAAGGACCCGAAAUCGGUUACCUUGCUCAUCAAGGGUCCCAAUGCACACACCAUCACUCAGAUCAAGGAUGCCGUGCGGGAUGGUCUCAGAAGUGUUUACAACAUGAUUGUUGACAAGAGCGUUGUGCCUGGAGGCGGAGCCUUCCAAGUAGCCUGCGCCGCUCAUCUCAACAGCGAAGCUUUCAGGAAGACCGUCAAGGGAAAGGCGAAAUGGGGCGUGUCAGCAUUCGCGGAUGCACUUCUCAUCAUUCCUAAGACACUCGCAGCUAACUCUGGUCAUGACAUACAGGAUUCACUGGCCGCGUUGCAAGACGAAUACGCUGAGGGCAAUGUCGUCGGUCUGGAUCUCUCCACUGGCGAGGCCAUGGACCCUCUUCAAGAGGGCAUAUAUGACUCCUUCCGGGUUCUUCGCAACAGCAUUGCGUCAAGUACCGGCAUUGCGUCGAACCUAUUACUGUGCGACGAGAUGCUGAAGGCACGGCAAAUGGGACGGCAACCUGAACCAGGCGAAGACCAAUAGGCAAACCGUAUAUAGAAGCGGGAGCAAUGCCUAAGCACUGUAUUUCGUACAAUGAUUGGGCGUAACAUCCUGCUAGGUGUGCGACAGUCUUCGCAUUAUUUGUCCUCUCAGCAGCGUGAUAGCGAUCGAUUGGUGAAACACCAAUCCGUGUGUGUAUCCUCUAGCCGCAUGGCCCCACCGGCAUCC